AUGUCGUGCAUGAAGGAACAACUGAUCAUCAAUAUUUUGAAAGACGAACAUGCCCCCGCUCAAAACAAGAUCACGGUUGUCGGCGUUGGCGCAGUGGGCAUGGCCUGCGCCAUGAGUAUCCUGAUGAAGGAUUUGGCUGAUGAACUCGCACUCGUUGAUGUCAUCGAGGACAAGCUGAAGGGAGAAAUGAUGGACCUCCAGCAUGGGAGUCUCUUCCUCCGGACGCCAAAAAUAGUCUCUGGCAAAGACUAUAGCGUGACUGCAAAUUCCAAGCUGGUCAUAGUCACGGCUGGUGCCCGCCAGCAGGAGGGAGAGAGCCGUCUUAACCUGGUGCAACGCAACGUGAACAUUUUCAAAUUCAUCAUUCCCAAUGUCGUCAAGUACAGCCCCGACGCCACCCUUCUUGUAGUCUCAAACCCGGUGGAUGUUUUGACCUAUGUGGCCUGGAAAAUCAGCGGCUUUCCCAAGCACCGUGUUAUCGGCAGUGGCUGCAAUUUGGACUCUGCCCGAUUCCGCUAUCUAAUGGGAGAGAAACUGGGCGUCCAUGCCCAGAGUUGCCAUGGCUGGGUCGUUGGCGAGCAUGGUGACUCUAGUGUUCCUGUUUGGAGUGGGGUUAAUGUUGCCGGUGUCAGUUUGCAAACACUGAACCCUGAACUUGGAACUGAUGCUGACAAAGAAAACUGGAAGGAAGUUCACAAGCAAGUGGUGGAGAGUGCCUAUGAAGUCAUCAAGCUGAAGGGAUACACUUCUUGGGCCAUUGGUCUUUCUGUUGCUGACUUAGCGGAAACCAUCAUGAAGAAUCUUCGAAGAGUGCAUCCUGUUUCUACCAAGGUCAAGGGCCUGUACGGCGUGCAUGAAGACGUCUUCCUCAGUGUUCCAUGUGUUCUGGGCAAUCAGGGCAUCACCGAUGUGGUAAAGAUGACUCUCAAACCUGAGGAGGAAGAUCGUCUGAGGAAGAGCUCUGAUACGCUCUGGGGGAUUCAGAAAGAACUGCACUUUUAA